GUACCUCAGAGAAGCCUUAAGAGGAGUAAGAUAGGUGGGACUGAAAUAGCCGUUCUGAUAACUUUUGGUCAGUGUGACCCAAUGAUUGGUGGUGCUUCCUUCUCUUGCCUUUUGUUUUAGCCCUGAACUGCUGUCCUGACUCUAUUUCACUCUAAUCAUGAGUAAACCGGUGUCUCUCGCCACCUGCAUUGCCAAGAUGUACGAAGGUGCCAAGCUGGACAGCUCCGGGACUUCGACUGGGACACCGAGGAAGGCCAGUUCGACUCUUCUGGGCAGCCUGGGCCACAUCGAAGAAAAGAUAAACGUCCUGGAAGGAAAAGUCGAAGAGAUCACAAACACACAGAGUGUAGUGCUGCAGAAAUUAGAGACAGUGUGUCGAGGAAUAGGUGUGUUAGAGAAAAACUUUGAACAAUUAAGACAAGACAAACCUUCUGGACAACCUUCUGUGAAACCUUCUCAGCCGUGCGACUCGGCCGUGAUCGCAGAGGUCAAAUCCCUUUGUGGAGAAACGGUGGCUCUGCUGAUGAGCUUGAAACAAGAAGGUCAGCUGCAGAGGAAGAAAAUGGAGGGGAUCGAAAGCUCCGUGUCCACCCUGGAUAAAGUGCUCGGGUAUGUGGGCGAAGCGUUUCGCAGCUCCAAGAUUGUGGAGUUCAUUCUCAGCGGCGUCGUACCGUGGAGGAGGCAAGGCCUUCUGGACGCAGCAGGGGAUGAGAAAAACACAUCAGACGACGAUGCCACAAAGGCCAAAACCACUCUGUGUCACACAGGAACUCAGGCACCGGACGACGUUAAUGAGCGAGAUGCAGUCCCAGACAAGCACCAGUUGCACAAAGACGAUUCUUCAGCGCUUGAUUCCUCUCCAGCUGUAACAGAAGAAGUUCCAGUUGCUAAAUCCCAGCGGAGGCCGAAGGAGGUGACGCAGAAAAGCAGAGAGCCGGGUCGAGUCCAGGCCUUCGCUCCCGAAAGCCCGAGUGAGUCUGAAGUGCCCGAACCGAACAAAGAUCAUGAAGUCUCGCCUGUGGGGAGCGUCUCCAUGACCGAAACUUCUCAGCCUGAGAGCAAAACCCCAGAAACACAGAGCGCUCCUGAGCAGACGGACGUCCCUGCAGCCGCUGUCCCGCCGCCUGUUGACACUUUAAUUAAAAAAGAGGACUCGAAGCAGAAGAGGGAAUGCGAGGAAAAAAUUAAAGCUGUCUCUAAAGCCAAGCUGUGUCACGCCAGAAAACCAAACCUGCCCAUCACGGAAAACCUGGAACAGAAGGAAACAGCUGCUCUGGAAAGUCCACAGCUAAGAGAAGCGGAGUGUGAGCCAAAACAUGACCCAUUCAGUCAGAAAGCUAACACUGCCCAAACAGCCCAGAACAAAUCUGCUGCGGCGACUUCAGAAGCGCCGAGUCCUGCAGCGCAGGUGAAAUCUCCAGGACUGGAUUUACAGUUUCCCAUCGUUGAUGAUUGCCCUCCUCGACCUGCCCCGUUCGAGCACCGCAUCGUCAGCGCUAAGCAGGUUCCCCUUGGCUCCUAUUACACAGUGGAACCCAACGUGCUGCUAGGAGGGGGGCGUUUCGGCCAGGUCCAUAAGUGUGCCGAGAUCUCUUCGGGUCUCGUUCUGGCUGCCAAGAUUAUAAAAGUGAAGGGGAUGAAAGAAAGGGAAGAGGUGAAGAAUGAGAUCGGGAUGAUGAACCAGCUAAAUCAUGUGAACCUCAUUCAGCUGUAUGACGCAUUCGAGUCACGGACCAAUCUCACGCUUAUAAUGGAAUACGUGGAAGGUGGCGAACUGUUCGAGCGGAUCGUGAACGAAAAUUACCAGCUGACGGAGCUGGACGCCAUCGUGUUCAUGCGGCAGAUCUGUGAGGGAGUGCAGUAUCUCCAUCAGCAGUACAUCCUGCAUCUGGACCUGAAGCCUGAAAAUAUACUGUGUGUCAGCAGCAACAGCAACCAAAUCAAGAUCAUUGAUUUUGGACUUGCUAGAAAAUAUCGACCGAGAGAGAAGCUGAAGGUGAACUUUGGGACUCCUGAAUUUUUGGCACCCGAAGUGGUGAAUUACGACUUUGUGUCAUUUCCUACAGACAUGUGGAGUGUCGGCGUCAUCACUUACAUGCUUUUAAGUGGAUUGUCACCUUUCCUGGGUGAAAACGACGCCGAGACGAUGAACAACAUCCUUCAUGCCAACUGGGACUUUGACUCUGAGGCGUUUGAGAACGUGUCUGAAGAAGCGAAAGACUUCAUCUCUAAGUUACUCAUCCCUGCGAAAUGCAGUCGACUGAGCGCCUCAGGCUGUAUGAAACACAGCUGGCUGAAUAAUCUGGAGGAAAAAGCGAAGCGACACCGAGUCCGCCUCAAAUCCCAGAUGAGGCUCCAGCGUUACCUGGCAGCUCAUCGCCAGUGGAAGAAACACUUCUACGCCGUGGCGGCGGCCAACCGGCUCAAGAGGUUCAAGCAGAGCAGAUCCACCAACACGCUGUGAGAGAUCCAGGACUGAGGAGGAAAAGAGGAACAUUCCUUUCUUCUUCACGCUCGUAAUUGUCGUCACUGAGCUUUGAGAGAGAGAGAGUAUGUGUGUGUGUGUGUGUGUGUGUGUGUGAAGAUGAUGGGGGCAAUGAAUGCGGCACAGACCAUAGCCAGUGUUUAUAUUAUUUUAUCUUAAUUUUAUUUUAGGAAAAUAAAGGAACAGCAGCAGAUUAAAAAACGAGAUUUUGUAGUAGUGAAUAUGUUUCAAUGCUCACUUUAUAUCUGUAUUGUUUGAUGUACUGUUUUAACACGACCCGGAAUUAUUUAAUUUUUUUCUCUGCCAUGAGUGUGAAGUCAAAUCGCUGCUGUACAUAUUACACACUCACAUGGAAAACUAAUUCUCCCUUCUGUGAAGGUGUUUUUUUCUUUCUCGCCCUGUUCUCAUAUUCAAAAUUACCUUGUUUUUUGGUUUAAAACUCAUUUACAACUCGUGAUGAGUUUUUUUCCUUGCAUUUUGCCUCUUGUGAUACACUUGUUCAGUUACGCAAUAAACUCA